CACCGAAUGCUGACGUGUAUUUUGCUGGUAGUCUGUUUCGCAUUAACCAGUUGGUAAAGCCGGACGUCAUUUACCCGCAACUUGAACCUCUUUUUUACCGACACAUUGUGAAAUUUAAGCGGUGUGUGGCUUCGCAACAGUCUUUGACGAUGUCCGGAGAAAUUUCCAUGAUCGGUUCGGUGAUUCUGGCCCUGUUCCUGGCCGGCUAUCUGGGCCAGCAGUACUUACCUCCCCCUAAACCCAAAGUGAUCGGCCUGGACCUGGGCACCACCUUCUGCUCUGUAGGCGUCUUCCACCCGGGCAGCGGGGAAGUGGAGGUGAUAGCAGACGAAGAGGGGAGGAAGAGCAUCCCCAGCGCCGUCUCCUUCACCACCGCCACGGUGCUGGCCGGACACGAAGCCGUGGACCUGGCCGACACCAACCCCCAGAACACCAUCUACGAUGCCAAGAGGUUCAUCGGGAAGAUAUUUGAUCCGGAGGUCAUGGAGCAGGAGAGUGCUCGGUACCCGUUUAAGGUGAUUAACAACAAUGGGAGUGCGGAGUUUCUGAUCUCCACCAACCGUAGCUUCACCGUGAGCCCAGAGUUCAUCGGCUCCCGGCUGCUGCUGAAGAUGAGGAAGAUGGCCGAGAGACAGCUGGGCGUGCCUAUCCAGAAAGCCGUCAUCUCGGUGCCCGCAGAGUUUGACGAGAGACAGAGGAACUACACUGUCAGGGCCGCCAACCUCGCUGGCUUGGAAAUCCUGCGCGUGAUCAACGAACCCACGGCUGCCGCCAUGGCCUACGGCCUGCACAAGGUGGACGUCUUUAAUGUGCUGGUGGUCGAUCUCGGGGGAGGGACCCUGGAUGUGUCUCUGCUCAGCAAGCAGGGAGGCAUGUUCCUCACCAGAGCCAUGGCAGGAAAUAACAAGCUGGGAGGCCAAGACUUCAGCCAGAGGUUGCUCCAGUACACCACAGAGCGGGUGCGACAGGAGUUUGGCGUCCCACCCACCCUCAAAGAGGAUGUCCACCGUCUCCGACAGGCCGUGGAAGUCGCCAAGCUCAACCUCACCCUCCAACCCAGCGUCACCAUCGGGGUGCCCCUGCACCUUCACACGCACAGCAGCUCAGAGUUACCCGAAGGCUCCGCUCCUGCUCCGGUUCUCUUCCAGGCUGUUAUCACUCGUGAGCUGUUCGAGGAGCUCAACGAGGACCUUUUCCAGAAGAUUCUGGCUCCCGUUGAGACCGUGUUAGCCGAGGGCCAUCUGGAGAAAGAGGAAGUGGAUGAGAUUGUUCUGGUCGGAGGGUCCACCAGGAUACCGCGGAUCAGGAGGCUGAUCAGCGAGUACUUUGGGAAGGAGCCCAACACUUCAGUAGACCCUGACCUGGCUGUGGUUACAGGCGUGGCCAUCCAGGCUGGCAUCAUGGGCGGAUCCUGGCCUUUGCAAGUGAGCGCUAUAGAAAUCCCAAACAGACACCUGCGCAAGACGAACUUUAGCUAAUCUUUACUAAGGUUAUUUAUUAAGAUAAAAGGGACGCCACAGUGACUUGCCACAGAUUUGUAACUGUGUCACGCUUCUUUAAUGUGCUUAAUUCAACAUCUGCUGAUGUGAGGAAAAUGCACACCAAAAAAAAAUCACUGCCACCUAAAUGGAGACAUAUAAGACCUUCAGGUUUCCAACUUGUCUUGAGCUUCCCUGUUUGUGAAAGGUGACGGUAACAAAAAAGUGCGCAUCAUGUAUUGAAACAUACCAUCGUUCCUCUUUGACAUUAAUUGACGGAUAACUUCUGCAGAAGUCAACAGUCCUUUUCUCUUUCUCAAAGUGACAGCAGCUUUCACCGUGCGGUUUCAGCAGAUGUAACACACUGAGAUUCCAGUGAAAUGUGAAUGAGAAGCUUCUCUGUCGUGUAUCUACUGAUCCAUUCAGCUUCAUUGAUGAUGCUUUGCUAUGGUAGAUACUUAAAUGGCGUUCAAUUCAGGGAACAACCACUCAUUUAAAGGACUUAAAGACCAGCCAGUACAUAUUCAGAUAUUUAUUUAUUUAUUCUCAUUAACUGUGUGUGUGUGUGUGUGUGUGUGUGUGUGUGUGUGUGUGUGUGUGUGUGU